CUUCCGAGACCUCUUUCGCCAUCCCUUGGAAAGUUUCCGAACUCCUCUUGUGUCCCCCAAGCGGCAUGUUCGAUCCGCUGACUUUGGCUGCCGCCUCCGGGGAAGCAAGCCCGGGAGAGGAUGGAGUAACCCCGGGGGCGUUCGGAGCGCCGGGGGCGAGCCUUAAAUAGGAAUCUGCGAGGGAAGCAGCGGGACCUUUUUGUGCGGGGCGGGGAGAGAGAGAGAGAGAGAGAGACUCAUCUUUACAUUUUGGCCCGGGCAGACGCGUCGCCCUGCUCCUUCCUCCCCCAGCAUGGAAGAUGGUGUGAAGGAGGAGACACCAGACAAGCCAAAAUGUUCUACCGUGGCGGACAAAGCUGGAUGGAUCAAGAAGAGCAAUGCAGGGCUUUGGGGCUUCUGGAAGGAGCGCUACAUGCAGCUGUGCAAAUCCCAGCUCUUGAUGUACGAAGAUGAGGAAGAGCAAAAGUACAUGGAGACGGUGGAGCUGGAAAGGUAUGACAGAUGCCAAGACCUGCGCACGCCCCUGAAAAAGAAAAACCGGUUCAUUUUAAUUCGGGCUCCUGGUUGCAAGGUACAGGAUAUCAAAUUUCAGGCAUCAACCAAGGAGGAAAAGGAGGCUUGGAUAAAAGCCCUCAACGACGGCAUCAACCGGGGGAAAAACCGGAUAUUGGAUGAGGUAAAGGUUGAUGAAAGCCUCUGUCUGGAACAUGUGACUCGAGGCAGAGCCAAGCUGGCAAAGGGCCGCCGUCCACCAACCAGAAGCCACCUAAAAGAGGUUGCCAGUGCUACAUCAGAUGGGAUCCUGAGGCUUGACUUGGAUGCACCAGACAGUGGCCCUCCGAACAGCACCUUGCUGACAAGUGAAGACACUGAUGCUCCUCCUUCAAAGGAGACCCCAAAGCCUCUUCUGCCUCCCAUAAAACCACCCAUGCCCCCUUCAGAGAAGUUGAGUGCUGAUUCCAGCUCUGAAGAUCUAGAAGUCAAGAAACCUCCAAUGCUUCCAGCUAAGCCUCUGAAGGAAGCAGCAGCCCUCAGUGACAAUGUGAAUUCUGUGGAGGAGGAGGAGGAGGAGGACGAUGAUGAGGAUGAGGAUGGAGAGGGGGAUGGGGAUGGAGAGGGGGAUGGGGAGGAGGGAGGAAGAGGAAGAGGCAGGGAUGGUGAAGCUAUGAGUGACGGUCCUGCAGAAUCCCAACUUGUCCCAGUUGGAGAGAACUUAAUGGAGACCAACAAAAAUGCCCCCAAGCCUCCCCUUCCUCCCGCCAAGAUCUCCUCUGAGAAAAUGAAAGUGACCUGGGAUGACCCAGCCUCUGGGCUGCACGGUCUCGAGGCUGAAUGUCCCCCAGCAGGCAGCGGUGAAGCGGUGCAGGAGCCCCCAGCUCCUCCUCCGAAGAUUCUCUCGGAGCGCCUGAGAGCCAGCAUGCAUUUAUCUAAGCAGAGCAGUUCAGAGGCAGGCGACUGCCCCCCUGAAGACGUGAAACCUGCAGAAAAUGGCCCACUUGGCCACGGAACGACACAGCCCGCUUUUCCUGACGGGCAGGAGCAAGACGGGCGGGAGCCCCCCACAGAGCUGGGAGAGACCAAGGAGCAGGGGAAUGUCCCCUCUAAAGAUCUGGGGCCAUCGCCGGCACCUGCGGAAAGUCCUCCAGGUACCAAGCCUCGCUCUGCCUCUCUGGAGAACCUGCUGUCAGCCCCAGCAAAGCAGCCCCUUAUGGGCCCCACUCUCCAACAGGGAACUGGCUUCUCUGUGGCCCAGAUGGAGAAGAAAGUCACUUCGGAACAGGAACACACUGAAAAACUGUUGCAGAAGGUUCUGCAGGGAGGACUUGAGCAGGCCCCGGGGGGCAACGGACCUCCAGUAAAUGCAGAGGCACUGCUCAACGAAGCAGCCGCACAGCUGCGGCAAGCUGCACAGGUCUUGCAAGAGGUCCGCAGCUUAGAAGAGCGGAAGAAGGUGCCUGCAGGUCAACGGAAAGGAGUAACAAAGGAUUUAGUGACUCUGUAUAGGAGAAGCGCUCCCUGAGGGGGAGAGGCUUCACCUUUAAGAUCGAAGCUGGAACUCUGACACACAGAACAUUUUCCACCAUCCUACUAGGCCAGUGUAUGCUUUUUUUCUUUUUAAGCAAGUGGGGUCCAUGUCUUGCUGGGCAUUCUUUCAGCAGGAAAAAAAAAAUGCUUAUUUUUAGAGUGCCCCUCUGUGGGCUCAUAAUCCCUUGGUGGAUUACGAGAUACGGCUGAGGGGCUCAGGGUGCACGUGCUGAUUCCAGGAGCUGGUGCAAGAGGCUUCUCUCCUGCCCCCUUUUUCACUUUUUCUGAGGCCCCUUGCUAGAAGGCUGCACUAGCAGCUAAGGGCCUACCUGAGCCAGGUGUUUCUCACUGGCAAGAAAAGGAGGGUGAGAGGAUAUGGUGUGGGCUUUGCUGCUCUUGGAAUCGGCAUAAGGUGCGAUCCUGUGUGAGUCUAAACAGGCUUGCCCCAGCCACUUGCUCUCCCACAGGGUGGUGAUUCAUGCUGCCCAGCAUGCGAAAUUCUGUGGACACUUCCCAGGCAGAGAAAUGGCUUUUGCAGGGGGAGAGAAUUCCCAAAGGGUGGAAUUGAGAGAAGUGUCACUGGGUUUUGAGGUAGAACAACACCAGAAUCCCCUUGACCCAUUCCUCAGCUUGGCCACUGUCAAGAGGUGCCUUUGGACAGUCAAUUAAGUUAAGUAGGCCUGUCUAGGCCGCAUUCACUGGUAGCCCACUUAAGCUGUAACAGGAAGGGAAAAGCUCUCCAGAAGCAGGGGCAAAUAGGCCCGAAAAGCCACGGGAUGGAUCCAGCCCUGAAGAAGGGAUCUGUGCUGGGCCCAGGACUGCCAGCCGCUCCCAGGCCUGUUGCUGCCGCGCUGCUCUAUCUUGAAUGGGCAGUUCUGCCCAAGCCUCCCCUUUCCUCACCCCAAGAGCAAAACCACACAGUUGUUCCUUCAGUCCCUCCAAACCAGGGAGGGGGGAAAGUCCUUCUUUCCCACACAAAGCAGGGUGUCUGGCAAGUGUGUUCCUAACAGGAGUACUCUCCUUGCUCCUGAAAAGAGUAACUCGACCCUGCAUCCCAGUCCAGGACUGCCCUUUCCUCCCAAUAAGAAUAGCUUUUCCUGGAUCUUUCCACAUGGCCUCUUUUGUGGCGUCCUUUCUGUCCCAUCUCUGCCUUCCUCCUCCAUUUUGGUUUCCCCUGGCCAUCCUCACCCUCUCACUCUCCCCCCUCCUCAUUCCCAUUCAGCCUUCCUUCCCUGUCCUCCUCCUAUUCUUCCCGCUUUCCCUUGGUCCCCUUCUCCACCCCACCUUGUCAGAGGUUGCCCAUUUUGGUGAAAGGUGCAAACCGGUGAGGACACCAGCUGCGCGCAAAGGCCAGUGAGGCUGUCAUUGCAAGGCACUGCCAUCUGCAGCUGCCCAUCCUUGCCCCCGGCCUCGGCCCCCUGCAGAGGACGCUCGCAAGGGCACGGGUGGCUGGUUGGGGAAUCAGUAAGAGGCAAGGAUCCCACUGAUCCCACCCGAGAGGCAGCUGGGAGAAGACCCCCAGAGUUUGGGAAGCAUCUCUUUUGCUCCUUCAAUGCAGCUCCAGCUCUGCCGGGGAGCAAGCUGAUUUUGAACAUCAGGUGGAAACUGGGUGGGAAGAGUUGUUAAGGGUAAAAUUGCCGUCCAUGUUUAGAAGAGAAAAAAGUCUAAAACUCCCAGUGGAGCUGGCUGGGAAAUGCUGGGGGUUGUGGGACUUCUUUCUGUCUAAACAUGCAUAGGGUAUGUUCUAACUGCUUGAACCCAGGGUCGAACUACGCAUUAUAUUAACUUCAUAGCAGGUCACACAGGAAGUGUGUGGCCCCAAUAUCAGUUGGAAUCAUGGUGUACCAGAAGAGGAGAAGAAAACUCCAUCACCUUUGCAUACCAGACACCCCUCCCAGUGUGUCUGCAGGUUAAAAGAAAAUAAAGCCCAAACCAUGGCAUGACAGAGGUGAAGCAGGUUUAAUUUCCUCCUCCUCGAUCCAGCUCAGGGCCAGGGCCAGGGCCACGUGCACUUAACUCCAGAGGAUCUAAAAGUAUCCUUAGGAAGCCCUGGAAGGGAACAUGGAGCCCUCUGCAGCUAGUGCGUAGCCUGAGUGCUGGCUAGGCUGGGGGGGGGGGGGGGGGGCGGUCCCGUCCCUUCCCUGUGCAUUUGUGAAGCAGUGGGCUGGGGGCUCUUCACAUUGCUCCGAAGCUCGUAAAGCUCGCAGAACAGGUCGUGCGAAUCUAGGCUGGGGGGGCCAGGCCCCCAUGUGUGAUGCUCACAGGAUGCACGCCCUUCCGUGCACAGCGGAGGAGGGCAUGCCCACCUUCUUUUCAGCCAUGCCAAAGGCAUCACUGCCUAAGUCUCACCAGUGCCUAUCGUGAGGAAGGCAAGCCGUGAAAAGCAGAUGCGCAGACAUGGGAUUGCCCACCCGCCCCCAGUCUCACUGUUCCCAUGCGCCUGCAGUUUCCUUCCCCUGAGAAUGAAUGUACUGUCAGGGUUCUUUAUAGCGAAUAUCUUAUUUAUGGCUGAGCUCAUUUGCUUUCUUCAUGGGCUGUUGCAUGCUGGACUGGUUGGCCUCUGAAGCUUGAGGAGUCAUGAUUUGCAGUUCCCCCAAAUGCUUCUCUUAACAUACAAAUGCCUUUUGGAAUAGAAUACUUGAAUGAUCAUGAAAUUUGCGGCCCAUUAUUUAAUCAGCAACGGUGACUAAGCAUUUGCAAAUCCAUUUAGUACAUGCUGCUCUGCUUGGGUUUGGAGGUGGAAGCCGACUCGCUGUUCUGGCCCUAGCUUCCCUUUUCCCAUCUCUUCAGCUGGCGAGCACUUGCACAGACUCCACUUGACCUGCAUGUCCUUUUGGCUCUCAGCGAGCAACGGGGUGCGGCUUUCUGCCUGGUCUUCCAGCUGCUGACCACUAGCAUAGUGGAGCUUGCAAUUUUGCUGAACGUGUCACUGACGGUCCCUCCCAGGCAAAGGGCCAAAGGUGGAAAAUGAAUGUGGGGAGCAGUGCCUCAAUGAAGAGUGAGAAGUCUUUACUCACCUUUGGAGGUUUAGCUUCUCACGCAUGGAUAAAGCGCUGCGCCUCUAUGUGGUUUGUGGAGCUCUGACUCCUUGGGGAACCCGAGCUCAUCCUUGCAAAGCAAGGUUGGUGACCCAGCGAGGCACCACACAGAGAAGCCGUGCCGACACAGUCUUCCCAUGCGUGAGAUGGAGGGAGGGAAUGCAUGCGGAUGACGGCACACGGGCAACUCCCAUCCCAGCUCUUCCUCUCUGCUCGCUGCAACAGGGAAGGCGCAGCCUGUGGGGUGAUCGCUAGAAGGGGAGAGCGUGGCUGGUGCAGAACGUGGCAGUGGAGAGGCAGCAGCUGUGUUGCAUACCCAUGUGAUAGGCACUGGCACUGAACUUUACACAAUACUGCCAAUGCACAUGCAAGCACCUUUCUGAAUGCCCUUCAGAUUUCCUCUUCAGAGUCUUGUCAAUAACUGAGGUGAAAAAGUAUGAAAUUACUGUUCAUACUGAAAACUGGGUGCAGAGGAGUUGUUUGAGCGACUGCACCUCUGCUGUGCACUCAGUGAUUUGGACAGGUUAGUUGCCCUUUGCCUGUUACGGUUGCCAUUUUGCGCUGGUGCCAAGAACGGUUUAUCAAAUUGCCAAAUCUGUCCACUGGUUGGUUGCCUACCUCUGGCCCAGAGGUCUUGUGGGAAAUUUAAAUGAGCUGCCUGUCACUGCUGCCAUAGAAAUCCGUGGCUCUUAGGUGAAGGAUCCCUCAAACCUGGCCUGAAUAGUUGUAAAUAUGCCUUAAAGCAAAGGAGCUUUUCCCAAGAGCUUGCAAAGUUAUCAUGUAUACUCAGGUUAGUUGUUUCUCUCUCUUUUGGAAGUGCUUGGACUGCUGGGAGCUGAGGGAUUCUGAUGAUGGGACUUCUUGUCCAAUGGCUGCAUCAAAGCUCUAGUCCCUUGAAUGUAGAGUACAACUGGAUCAAAGCUGGACACCUCUCUAGCUUCUAUGCAACUGUUUUGCACUAGCAACUCUGGCUUUUGAUUGCAGGGGAAAUAGGCCUUAGUUUUAGGGCUGCUUCAUCCAUUGCAUUUUUUAAUGUAAAGAUGCAUCUCUGGAUAAACCUGACUGUGUAACAUUGUGAAUGUAGUGAAUGUACAUUUGCAAAAAGAGCCUGUUUGCACAAGCAUCGAUUGAGGACCACAACAAUGCUGCAUGACGUUUCUCAUAUGCGACUGGGCUGUUGUAAAUCCAAAAGCCACAAGGAACUUGCACACCGCCUUAAAUUCAAUACUUUUUUUUCAACAGAGUUUGUUCACAUAUUCAACUUGCAGGCAUCAAGCACAGAGAAAUCAAGUGAUGUGCACAAAUGUUUUGAUCUACGCUACACUGGCUUAGUGAGUAUUUAAUGCAGCUCUCUUUGGAAGUGCGCAUACAGCUGCAAACCCAGGUUUACUGCCACAUGAUAUGUGAACUGGCCCUUAUUUAUCUAGUUAAGCACUGAAGAAGCAAGCUGUUGGUGUCGCCAGAAGCAGCAUCCAUGCUGUAUAGAGAUAGAAUUAACACUGAAGAAUGGUCUGACAUUUUCUCCAAGUGAUUUCCACAGGAACCUUACUAGGAAAGUCACAGGUGAAUCUUAAUGGCUGGGGGGUGCCCCUCCCACAGUUGCCGCUAAAUAUGGAAAAACUGAUACUAACCAUAAUUUGAAAUCUUUUCUAUGCUGUCCUUUAAAGCAGAGUCAUGUGGGGCACAGUCCAAUGAGGCUGCCCAUCACACCCUGACCUUGGUCAAGUGCAGGUUGCCAAUGCAUGGGAAAGAAGCACAGAGGUGAAGGUCACUGUCGGAUUCAGUACUUUGCUGCAAACUCACUCACUCGUCCAUCGCUCAGACGAAUGCUGUGUCCUUGUGUGCCACAGAGGAAGUUGGCACAAGUGCUGAAAAUUGGUGACCCCUGGCCCUUAAAACCUGAGAAACAUAAAUAUAUCUCUAUUUUAACAAGA